GAACCAUUCUAGAUUUCGAGACAAUAUAUAUUCGUGCUAACACGUGGAUAAGAUUCAGUCAGAGCAAUGAAGCCCUUCCUGAUACUUCAUGCGAUACUUCCGGGGCUCUUGGGGUUCAGCUAUGAUGAGCACAUUCCCCAGCUCAAAGGAAUGCAACAGCUCACAAUUUUUCCGGCGACCCCGGCACAACAAUCUGUACUUAAAUCCUUCGAGGAUAAUCCGAAUAUCGAUUUUCUAAGAAUGAGUCGGCCUUCAUUAAAUCCAGUUGAUGUUCUGGUGACGGCUGAUGAAGAAUUAAAUUUCAAAAAAAUGUUAAAUUUCAACAAAAUUCAAUAUAACGUGACUAUCGAAGACGUUGAGAAAGCCGUAGCUGAAGAAAGAUUCACCAACACGAUGCGUCGAAUGCAAUCAAGACUCUUGUCUUUUGGUCCCAGAAGAAUCAGAGCAUUUAAUUAUUAUCCACGAUUUGCCGAGAUUGAAGAGUACUUGACCAUUCUUACUCAACUGUAUAACAAAACCACUAAGCUCAUCAAAAUUGGGCAGAGUCAUGAAGGCAGGUCAAUCUAUGUAGUGAAGAUUUCUAACGGUGGUCAAAACAAGCCUGCUAUCUUGAUUGAUGCUGGAAUCCAUGCACGAGAGUGGAUUGCACCAUCAACUGCACUCUAUGCUCUUCAUCAAUUGGUCACGAAUCAAAGUACCAGCGAUCUGUAUGCAAAUGUUGAUUGGUACAUCCUUCCAAGUCUCAAUCCUGAUGGUUACGAAUAUACCCACGAGAGUUACCGAUUUUGGAGAAAAACUCGCUCAUCAAAUGCUAAUAGUCGAUGUGUGGGUACCGAUGCUAACAGGAACUUCGACUUCAAGUGGAUGACCAUCGGAGCAUCCAAUAAUCCUUGUUCCGAUACUUACGCCGGUAGCAAAGCAUUCUCCGAAGUCGAGACCUGUGCAUUAAGGAAUUUCAUGCUAGCGAAUAAGGAUACAAUUAAAGUAUACUUAACUCUUCACUCUUACGGACAGUACCUGUUGCAUCCAUGGGGCUGGACUUCAGAUUUACCCACCAAUGAACCUCUUCUCCGUGAAGUUGGCGUGAAAGCCGCGGCGGCUGUCUAUAAGGAAUAUGGAACUGAAUAUGUUGUUGGAAGUUCUACCAAUGUCUUAUAUGCUGCCGCCGGCGGUAGUGACGAUUGGGCUUUAGCCGUUGCCGGCGUAGACUUAGCAUACACCAUCGAAUUACCUGGUGGAAGAUUCGAUCCUCCGGCGAGUCGUAUUGUUCCAGUUGGCAUCGAAACAUUCCAAGCAUUCAAGGUUUUCCAGCAAUAUAUUGCAGAAAAAUACAUUUCUAGAAAUUCGAUUUAGUUUACAUUUAUAUUUUUGUAUUUUUCCCCGAACAUAAUUUUCUUAAAUCAAUAUAAUAUCAAAUAACAGUUACUCAUUACAUUA